AUGAUGAACAGUAACCUUGGUAUGGCAAUUGUUUGUAUGGUUAAUUCAACAGAAUAUGCAGAUACGGGUAACGAUGAACUGAAUGAUACACUGUCGUUGAUAGAAGAAAUCAAUGAAACUGUUCUUACUGUUCAAGCUGAUCAUUGGGAAGCACCAAAAAUGUCAUGGUCAGCUGAUCAACAAGGCUAUAUAUUCAGUGCAUUUAAUUUGGGUUUAUUAACAAUGCUUGGUACCGGAUUGUUGGCAGAUAAAUUCAAUGCUAAAUAUAUGAUCAUUGGUAGUGUUGUGUUAGCUGCAGCAUCUAACGUACUGAUUGCAUUGGGAUCACCGAUAAGGUUUGUCAAUUUCUAAAU